AUGAUGAAUGUUAUUGAAAACAUGGAGUCCCAGGAUGAGAAUCCUGUGAUUGCUAGACCUUCAGAUUCCAAGCCUGUGAUUGCUAGACCUUCAGAUUCCAAGCCUGUGAUUGCUACGACCUCAGCUCCCCCAACCGAAAACGCCAAGGUGUUGCCUACUGAGGAAUUGAAUGGGGAGGAACCAAGUAUGGAUUGGUUUAAUGAAGAUAUCGAGAAAACACUGGAAGCCAUAGACAAAGAUGAGCCAAAGGACGAAUUGGCCACUGACCGACCAUCCUGGGCCAAUAAGGUUGAGUACCUCAUGGCUCAGGUGGGCUACUCCGUUGGGCUGAGCACCAUCUGGCGCUUUCCUUAUCUGUGUCUUCACAACGGAGGUGGGAGCUUUAUCAUCGUCUACAUCCUUAUGCUGAUUUUGGUCGGAUUUCCUCUCCUCGUGAUGGAGAUAGCCGUUGGUCAGAGGAUGCAUCAGGGCAGCAUUGGUGUGUGGAAGAACAUGAGCCCCUGGUUUGGUGGUGUGGGGUAUAGCAGCUUCAUGGUGUGCUUCAUCGUGGGCUUGUACUAUAGUGUGCUCAUGGCUUGGAGUCUCUACUAUUUGGUUCAGUCUUUCCAGUCUCCCCUGCCGUGGUCAUUGUGCCCCUUAACGAAGAACUCCAGUUUUGAUCCUGAAUGUUCACGGACAACAUCCACCACAUACUUCUGGUACCGGCAUGUGCUGAAGACCACAGAUGAAAUUGAGUUGGGUGGGCUACCAAUCAUGCAUCUCUCUGUCUCUCUACUUGUGUCCUGGUUAAUUAUCUGCAUCUGUAUGAUCAAAGGGCUCAAGUCCACUGGGAAGAUGCUGUAUGUCUCAGUAUUCCUUUCCUACAUCAUCUUCAUCUGUAUCCUAAUCCGGAGUCUCAUGCUGAAAGGAGCAGACUUUGGUAUCAAGAGUUUGUUUGCUGCCCAGGUGCCAGCCCUGUACUCUGUGGACGUGUGGCGCCGGACAGGGAACCAUCUCUUUUUGUCCAUGGGCUCCGGCUUUGGCAGCUUCACUGCCAUCAGUUCAUACGUCCCUCGGUCCAACAACUGCAUCAUGGAUGCCUCUGCCGUGGCUCUUCUCAACCUGAUUAUCUCUGUGACUGCCACGCUGUUUGUAUUUGCCACGUUGGGCUACUUGGCCACAGAGAACAGUGAGAAAUGUUACCUGAAGAAUGCUGAGAGAAUGACGAACCUGGUCACUGCGGGCGUGCUGCCUCCUGAGCUCCGGCUCCCGGAGAGCCUGUAUCAGCAUAUGAGCUACACCUACCCCAGGUGGUUUGGCAACCUCCCUGCAGGAGCCAAACUCAUGGCCCUACCCUACUUGUCCAAUUGUGACUUAUCUGAGCAAUUAAAGGAGGUUAUGGAGGGGCCGGGUGUGGCCUUUGUGGCAUUUACUGAAAUCAUCGCUGUGUUUUCUGGAUCCACCUUCUGGGCCAUCAUCACCUUCGUGUUUCUGGUGACCAUGGGGCUGAGCACCAUGCAAGGGAUCCUGCAGGGCAUCAUCACCCCGCUCCAGGACACCUUCUCCUGCCUUCGGAGACACACAACCCUGCUCACAGUGGGUGUGUGCGUGGCCAUGUUCCUGGGCAGCUGCUUCUUCGUGCAGCCCUCCGGCAGCUACUACGUGAACCUGCUGGAUGACUACUGGGCCUCUCUGCCCCUCUUCCUCAUCCUCAUCUUGGAGAAUGUGUCCAUGGCCUGGAUCUAUGGGGCCCGGAGGUUCCUUGCUGACUUGAUUAUCAUAUUGGGGCGCCCCAUCUCCCCCAUUUAUCGUUGGCUAUGGUGCUUUGUGUCUCCAUUUGUGCUGCUGGUCCUGUUUGUAAGCAUCCUGAUUCAUCUAUAUGUGAGGCCGAUCACUUACAUGGCCUGGAACUCCAGCACCUCAAACGAAGUGCUCCAUAACUAUCCGCCGUGGGGGAAAGUCUUGCUCGCCCUGCUCACUGUCUUCACCAUCCUGCCCAUCCCUGCCUACUUCUUGUACACCCUCCUGAAACGGAUCUCCCCAGCCUCCACGAGGCACCACAGGGACACCGAUUUCUUAAGACGUAAAAGUAAAGAGGAGAAGAAGAAGGCCCGUCCUCGGCUUCACGUGGGGCAAAGCCUAAAGAAGAUGAAUAAAAACAGAUAA